AUGCGGCUGAUACAUCUGUUUGCUCUGAUAUCAGUAUUACAUACAACGAAUGGUUUCUUUAGUAAUUUCUUCCAAGACGUUAAGAACUUCUUCCAUGAUAAGUUCUCGUUUCAGUCACGUUCAUCUCAUGAUGAGUAUAUGCAACUUGAUCAAUGGGAGUGUGGAGCCGAUAAAUUUUUUGCAACAAAAUACAUAUCACACAAGGCUGCAGCAGUCAAAUGCCCAAGUGCCAUGGAUAGGAUAAACCAGAUCUGUAGAGCUCACGACUUUUGCUAUUCAAAUGGCAUCGAAGGCCAAAAGCAAUGCGAUGAUAGGUUCUGCUCUGAACUUGAAGAUGUUCAAAUAGAAGAUCCUAUGGAGAAUUUUCUGUGUACUCUACGCAAGUCUAUGUGUGCAGCUGUUCGGAUUGGAGGUGCGUUCAUCUAUGUGGAUAAAUCAAAAGUCGCGGCAUGA